GGACAGAAAACUCCACUCUCCACACAGAGACUUUCAACAUAGGCAGUUAAAAAUAAUAAUUAUGACUAAUCACAUUUUUUUAGAAAAAAUACAAAAAGCGUUAGUUGUAGAACGAACGGCGUCGAACCGCCCUUUUCCCGCGAAUAUACAUCUCUCUGAUCUUUUAAGAAUUGUCCGAGUUGACUCACUUAUUUCAAAUUCAUUAGAGAAAAUGUUUAUCCUUCGAGUCCACUCAGUGGACACCGACCAUCCUCUCACUCUCGAGAGCACCACCUUCUCCUCCGUAUCAACCACCACCACCACCAGUCAAUCAAACCCUAAGUACAGUGAAAGAAGAGGAGUAGUACAUCUGCAUCGAAGCCCAUCGCAAAACUCAUUAUCAAACCCUAACUGUCGACCCACUUCUCUCUUUGUCGUUGCCGUUCCUAACUACCUCUCCGCCGAUGAUUUUAUUCGAUUCUGUGAAUCUCACACUGAAAAAGUCCAUGAAGUCCUCUUCAUCAGGAACGAUGGAAUGGAAGAUCGAUAUAGCGUGUUAAUAAAGCUGAAUAAUCAGGUAACAGCUGAUAGAUUUUAUGAGAGCUUCAAUGGGAAGCGAUUUUCACCUGCAGAGGCUGAGGUAUGUCAUAUUCUAUUUGUGUCUCUGGAGUACACUGAAGUUGCGGAGAUAGCAAGCACACCUCCCGUAGGAUUCACUGAAUUGCCUACUUGUCCAAUAUGUCUUGAGAGAUUGGAUCCUGAUACUAGUGGAAUACUAAGUACACUUUGUGACCAUUCAUUCCAAUGUUCAUGCACUUCUAAAUGGACCUAUUUGUCUUGCCAGGUAUGUCGACUUUGUCAGCAGCAAGACGAGAAACCAGCUUGUGCUGUUUGUGGAACGGUGGAGAAUUUGUGGGUUUGUUUAAUAUGUGGAUUUAUUGGAUGUGGAAGAUAUAAGGAAGGACAUGCUAUGAGGCAUUGGCAAGAUACACAACAUUGCUAUAUUCUUGAUUUAAGGACACAGCAAAUUUGGGAUUAUGUGGGUGAUAACUAUGUUCAUCGAUUGAACCAGUCCAAAGCUGAUGCCAAGUUGGUGGAUAUGAACUCUCGUGAAGGAGAUUGUGGCACUUGUGGAUGCAGUGAGGAUUCUGGAAUCAGUGGCGCUUUAUUUAGCAGCAAAGUCGAAACAAUUGUAGAUGAGUACAAUCAUCUUCUGGCAACUCAGCUGAAGGCUCAAAGACAAUAUUAUGAAUCUCUAAUCACAGAGGUGAAAAAUAAAAGAGAAAGUUCCAUUUUAGAAGCAGUAGAGAAGGCUGUGACUUCCACAAUGCAGGACAUCCAAAAUAAAUUAGAAAGAUGUGAAAUGGAAAAAGAUGCUGUUACAGAUGUCAAUCGAAAUCUCAUCAAGAAUCAAGACAUUUGGCGUAAAAAGGUUAAGGAAGUUGAAGAGAGGGAAAUGUCAUCUAUACGCUCGAGGGACGAGAGGAUACUUGAUCUUGAAGAACAGAUUCGAGACCUUACAAUCUACAUUGAGGCCCAGAAAACACUUAAUAAAAUGACAGAUACAAAUGAUAUUCAAGGAGGGACACUGUUACCUGUACCUUCAAAGCAGUCUUCCCCAGCUAACAACAGAAGGCACUCAAAGCCUGGUCGAAGGAGAAACUAAAAUGAGCAUCAUUGGAGCUUAAAACCUUUGUAUUGUAUAUAAUCUUUGAUAAUAUCUGAUUUUUCUUAGAAUGUUGCCUGAUGAUGGUGUAAAGUAUGGUGAGUUUUAAGUCAGAGAGGAACUUAAGAAUUUCAAUUUGGACAAGUUUAUUUUGCCAUUAAGAUGGUCAAAUUGACAUCAUUUUAAUUUUUAA